CCAUUAUACAACCAUAUUUACAUAGGCAAGUGCUGGAUUUGUUUUAUCUGUUGCUCAUGCAUGUUGCCAGGUGAUGCCUUCAAACACGUCAGCGCCGUCCUCGCUCAGAGAGGAUUUUCUGUAUUGUGCACUGUGCAUGUGCUUCCGCUGCGGAUGUGGCUAUAGAAAUGGGGAGAUUUGGAAGGCAUUAGUGUCGUCAGAUUUUCCAUAACUGAAGGACCGGGGUCGUGGUUAUUGUGGAUAUCUGUGUGGAGAAUGUUGAAUGUAUCUACGGAAUGAUAUGCACGGAGGCAUAGAAACUGGCAAAAUGGCGGACAGUUUCUCGCGUAUCGUCUGCAUGGUUCUCGUGUUAGUUGUCGCGUGUGGAUCAACGACUGCCCCAACUUCUCCGAGUACAGGAGGAAGUGUCGAUCCAACUUGGCGCGUCGAAACGGUUUCCGAUGGAAUAGGGUCGAUUAGUCCGUCGGCAUCUGCCCAAACAGUCACAUCGGGACCAGGAUCGUGCGCUGGAGGUUGUGACUCUGGUUUUCAGGGAAAUUGCCAUUGCGACAAUCUGUGUAUGAAAUAUAACGACUGCUGUGGAGACUACUCUGUCUACUGCAGCAAUACUCGACCAAUGAAGACAAACACAGGACAAAGUGUGGAACCGACGUGGACUGCUUCGGCGUCUAGCAAAACAUCCGGACCAGGGUCGUGUGCUGGUGGUUGCGAUUCUGGCUAUCUGGGCAGUUGCUAUUGCGACUCUGUGUGUAUGAAACAUGACGACUGCUGUGGAGACUACUCUUUCUACUGCAGCAAUACUCGACCAAUGGGGACAAAUACAGGACAAAGUGUGGAACCGACCUGGACUGCUUCGGUGUCUAACAAAACAUCCGGACCGGGAUCGUGUGCUGGUGGUUGCGAUUCCGGCUAUCAUGGUAGUUGCUAUUGCGACUCUGUGUGUAUGAAACACAACGACUGCUGUGGAGACUACUCUUUCUACUGCAGCCAUACUGGACCAAUGGAGACGAAUACAGGACAAACUGCGGAACCAUCUUGGAGUGCUUCGGCUUCUAGCAAAAUAUCCGGACCGGGAUCGUGUGUUGGCGGUUGCAACUCUGGUUUUGAGGGAAACUGUCAUUGCGACAAUCUGUGUAUGAAGGCAAACGACUGCUGCGAAGACUACUCUUUCUACUGCAGCAAUACACGACCAACGGAGGCAAACACUGGUGCAAGCACAGAACCGACUCGGACCGUUGGGACCGACCCGUCAGUAUCAUCACAGACAGUUACCUCGGGAGCAGGAUCGUGUGCUGGCGGUUGUGACUCUGGUUUUCAAGGAAAUUGUCAUUGCGACAAUCUGUGUAUGGAAUUUAACGACUGCUGUGGAGACUACUCCAUCUACUGCAGCAGUACACGGCCAACGGAGACAAACACCGGGGAAGGCACGGAACCGACUUCACAGACAUCAUCUUCACAAACAGUCAUAUCAGGAGCAGGCUCAUGUCUGGCUGGGUGCGACACCGGCUUUCAGGGCAAUUGCUAUUGCGAUGAUUCCUGCGUGUCUGUCGGCGACUGUUGUGCAGACUAUAAUAGCUUGUGCUACGGAGGGGCUAGGACCACUACACCGGAAGGCGUGUCAGGAAAACCAGUAACUGAGGUGAAGACCACACCUAGUACUGCCUUGUCAGGCUCCUGUUUGAGUGGCUGUGAAUCCGGUUAUCAGGGAUCGUGCUAUUGCGAUUCUUCGUGUGAGUCGCUCGGCGACUGCUGUACCGAUUAUUUCAGCCUUUGUGCGGCUGCGGUGACUACCACGCCGCAUACCAAUUUCGGAGUUGAAGCCAACAGCACUAUGAUGGGUGGAGCAGACAAGCCGCAGAUAUACAAAACCAAUCUGGUUCGCUUGUUCAACCAGCAGGUCGUGAAGAAAUUUAUCAUCCCUAUGAGAUUCAUAGUAAUCAAUUACGGAAAGAAGUGAUGAGAAAAAAAAAACAAUUAAGGGAGAAAACAAAAUGAGAUUAUUUUUCUUUAUUGUAUCUACUCCAAUUUGAAUGAGAAUUUACAUCGUAUAGUGUCUAAUACGUUGUCUUGUUUAAUAAACAUUUCAACGGUACUAUGAAUUAGAAAAAUUCACAUUAUUCGCUAAAGUGAAUGUGAAAUGGUACCCCUUCUCUCUUAAUUGUAACGAAUAAUUUACUUUUAUAUUUACAAUUAUAAAACGCAGGAGAAAAAGUUGUUUCAAUUAUCCAAAGUUUCCCGAGGGAGCAAAUUUGCUUGUCUUUUGUUAUGAGAUUUUUUGAAGUAAAAUCUUCAAAUUGAAGACCACCAAUGAGCCAUCAAGCUUUACGCCGACUCUAAGAAACUGACACAUGCACACAUAAUGCCGAGUCUAGCAGUUGUGCCUCAACUUAAAAGUGUUCUUAUUUCAAUUAAAUGAAUAAAUUUGUUCUUCCUGCAUAUAAUAUGGAAAUAGCAACUUCCAAGGCUUAUCAUGUAAGUAAUAAGGCCAAUUUUCUAUUGUUUAGCACUUUUGCUAAUUUUUUUAUUUAUAUUUGCGGUGUUACUUUUAGGCAAUCUUUAUUGCAGAAUACAUUUUGUGUGAUAAAGCUGAAUGCUGUGUUAUAGGCCUCUACAAUAUUAAUAACAUUCGAACAAUGAUAUUUGGAAAGUUGAGGAGCCCACUGAUUGUGGUUACAAUCUGAUAAACAAUGGAGGGCCAGGUAAACAUUUGACUGACAAUAGGUUUGGCAAGAUUGUACUGUGAAGAAUGGAUGCACUUAACGAUUUAAAUCACGGUAAAUUGAACUUUUGAGUGUUUCGUUUGGUAUUAUAAAAUUGGUAUUAAAUUUUCAGCAAUGUAAUCGAUGUGAUAUGUGAUUAGCUGUCAAUGAUAAUAUAUCAUUGUUUCUUUAAUCAAAGCAAAUCUUGUUCGGGUUUUAGAUGAAGUUUGUGAUUUUCCAAAUAUGUUGUUGACUUUUAAAAUGUAUUUACGUGUAACAACAUCGGUGUUCUCUCUAGAAAUGUAAUAAAUGAUUAGUGUUUAACUUUUAUUCGAUAGUGCAUGUAAAAAAAUAAAUGAUUCAGUUCAGAAAAGAACGUAAGUUUUAGUGACAAGGUAUCGUUUUGGUAAUGAAUGGUCAGAUAAUGUUGAAAAUGGUUUGAAAUGUUCAAAUGAGUAACAAAAGUGGAUAAAUGCUCAGGUCUACAACUUUCCUUAACAUCAAAUGUAUACACAAAUGUCAUUGAUAUGCAUGCAUGGCUUCUACCUCAUGUUUUCUUGAUUUGUUUUAAUUCGACGACUAGACAACAUGUGUAGUCAUGUCAAUCUAAGGGACCCAAAGACACUCAAAACACUGCCGAUGUAAGCUGGCUGCUGUGUUAAGAUUCGUUGAAUUGCAAAAUAAACUGAGAUUUACACUGAUUGCUGUGAUCAAGAAUGAAGACCGAUGCUAUGGAUAAAUAAAGAUGAAGAAAGAAAAAUG